AAUUAAGAAGUGAAAGUCGCGUCGAGUUGAGCGUUAGACCAGCGCCAGCCGCAUUAGGAGUUAGUCUAAUAAUGAUUGAAAGCAUUGUCAGUAGGUGAUAUCGGCAUGCUUAAAAUGUGCACGGAAGCCGUUUCAGCAUGGAAGAACGAUCUCCGGGGUACGGCGGAAAUGGAGUGUCAGUUUGUUCUACAAGGAAAGAGUAUAAUUGGUUUAGUACAAACCGCCGACGUUAUGAGACCGACUGAACCCGUUUCUGCUGCAAGUGAUACUAUAAGAGGAAUUAAAACUCGAGCAAAGUUAAUUGGCAGUGAAUAUAGUAAACUACAUAGGCGAAUCGAAAAAGAGCAUAGACAUACCGCUAGAUCACAUUCUUUGAAAAUGACGACGUCAAUUCGAUGCUUCUUGCACGACUAUAGAUUGAGCGAAGGAAGUGAUACAAGAAUGCUAUUGCUUAAAUGCUCGAAAUUGGUCGACUUUUGUAAUCUAGAUAUUUUAACAGAGGUUGGUGAAAUGUUUAGUAAACUGGUGGACACACUUUUAGAAGAAAAUGUUCGAACUAUCGUUUCUGAAUUAGCCAAUUCCAACUCCCCGAUUCAAGCUCAGUGUAUAUUAGCGGUCAUAAACAAUCUGGUUGACAAUAGCCAGCACUUGUCCAACAUAUUGGCACGGGAAGGUGGAGUAGGUGUGCUCUUGAACUUUGUUACCACCCAGAGAUUUAAACCGAUUAGGGCCCACUGUCUUCACGCUUUGGCUAAAACCUGUUGUGAUCGUGAGAGUAUAGUCGAGUUGGAAAGGAUAGGCGGUCUGAUUAUCACCAUAAAUCUUCUAUCCGACCCAGAAGAGGAGGAAAUCGUUCGAGCGGAAGCGGCUGGACUGAUAGCUCAGUUAUCUUCCCCAGAUUUGGAUUACAGAAUGCCUUCUUUAAUUGAAAAAAGUGUUGAUUUAAUCAAAUUUCUUACUGAACUCUGUAACAUAGCUAAGAGAGCUGAUACGUUUUUAUUAUCUAUUGCUAGUUUAGCGAACUUUACUUUUAUGCGUACAUCUCAUACUUUUGUCCAACUCAAUACGGUUGUGACACUAACGGACGUUUAUUCAAAACACAAAGAUCAUGCUGUUUACAUUCAGGAUCAAUUAGCGACUAUUCUUGCUAAUUUAUCUUCAAGUGAGACAUUGGCUUUGAUUGACUGUGGGGCUGUUUCAAUGUCGUGUCGUCUGAUUGAAAACGUUCAAUUAGACGGCUCUGAUGCUUCAAUGAGAGCCGUUCAAAAAGCGGCUAUUGCUUUAACUAGACUUUGUAAAACUUCAAAGGAAACGAAUCAAGCUGCCAAAUUUACUAAUUGCUACGAAAAGCUAUUACAAAUCCAGCAAGAUGAUCGGAUAAGCAACACAAUUCGACUAACUUGUUUAGCAGCAGCCCAGAAAAUACGAACAAGCCUGAGUCAAACUAGUUUGAUAGAGUCACUUAAAAGAGUAUCAAUUCGUGAUAAAUCGGUUGUCGUUCAAUAG